AUGGGAGGUCCUGGAGGGAAGCGCAAGCGGGGUGAGCGAACCUACUCUCAGGACAGCAACGAUGGAUCUCGACCGUCGCCGCAUCGUCCGGGAAACUUGAAUCUCGCCCAACAAAACCAAGCCCAUCAAGGUCAUCAACAACAAUAUGAACAUCGUGGCCGAGGUGGUCGACGCUACAGCCGUGGAGGUCGAGGUGGUGGCAUGCAGCAGAGGAGUCCGUCGAAUGGCGCGCAAUCCAAUUUUACUUCACCUCGAAACACCAACGCUCUGUCCCCGCCAGCACCACCAUCGCAGCUUAGAGAGAGUGUGAGACGCGCUCAAACACCGCCAGCACAACCGUCAACACAACCGUCAACACAACCGUCAGCACCAUCAGCACCGGCGCCCCGACCUGACGCUCCAGCACCAGCUUCUGCGCCGAUCCAGCCCGUAGCACCCGCCCCGAGCCCGCGACCACCUCAGCCACCAGUGGAGAAAAAGCCUCCUACUCCCUAUAACUAUGAAUAUUUGACAGCUGAACGGGUAGCUUCCUGGAAGGAGGCGGGUCGGAAGGAUAUUGUCGGCCUGGGUACGAAAGCUCGCACCGGCGAAGACCCCAUUAUACUCGGAGGGAUCUUCCAGGAGCUGCUGAAAUCCGGUUUAGAUGGCAAAAUUGAAGCUAUUGAUGCGGGAAGUGCUAUCAAAGACCUUUUGGCGGGGGAGGCGUCUGCCGCCGAAGAUGACGCAGCGGACGGCGAAGAGAAGUUUGACCCCCAAUCGCUCUUUCUUGACUGUCUCUCUAUCCUGACUGAGAACGAUGUCGCGAAUCCGCUCCUGCGCACAAUUGUUGUGGCGACCGAGGUGUCUCCUGCAUUGAUGCGACAGGAACUCGAAACCCCGUUGCUCCAGUCCCUUGGAAUGAUCAGAGAUACUUUUGGUCGAAUGGGAAUUCGGAAACAGACGAACCUCCUCUACCGUCAAUCAAACUACAACCUUUUGCGUGAAGAAUCCGAGGGAUACUCGAAACUUGUGACGGAGUUGUUCACGACUAGCAGCCAUGAACCUCCAACAAGUGAGGUGGUGGAGGAAACUUUUGAGAGGGUCAAAGCCUUGAUUGGUGCAUUCGAUUUGGACGUUGGCCGAGUACUCGAUAUUACGUUGGACGUCUUUGCUGCAGUUCUUGUGAAGCAGUAUCGCUUCUUUGUUAAAUUUCUGCGAGCAAGCUCCUGGUGGCCCAAGGAGAAAAUUUUUGAAGGCAUCCAAUCUUCUGACCAAGGCGUUGGAACUCUUCCUCUGUGGGCAUUGCCUGGUUCAGCUGGUUGGACCAUCGACGAUGAGGAGAGGGAAAAUCUUUCUCGCUUGAAAGAACAGCGGGAUCAUGCGUUCUGGGACCGAGUCCGUGAAGUAGGCAUGGAUGCUUACUUUGAACUUGGUGGUAGGAGAGUCAUUGGAAAAUCGGGGCUGGCCCAUACGAAUGAUAUUGCUCAUCAAGCAUCGGAUGCCGACAAAGACAUGGAAUGGAUCGAAACCACUGGGACUCUCCCGCCACAGGGAAACCGAGUCGCUGCUCAGCUCCUUGGCUUCAAACUACGAUUUUACGCAUCGCCUGCACGGGACGCCAAUGAUUCUUUGCCGGUAAAUCUGAUAUACCUGGCUGCUUUGCUCAUAAAAAUUGGUUUCAUCUCUCUUCGAGAUCUCUAUCCUCACUUAUGGCCCGCCGACGAGGCAAUGGAAGCGGUUCGGGAACAGAAAAUGAAGGAGAAGGCUGAACGGGAACGCGCAAAUCGACCUGGUGGAGGCGCAAUGAAUGCUCUGGCCAUGGCUGGAGCUCUUGCCGAUGACACAAUAUCUGUGCCAUCACGACUCCGAGAGAUCGACGACAAUCGAGGCACACCAAACAGAAACGAAAGCGAAGCGGCGAAGACUCCUGGCAAAGAGGCAGCACAAGAGAGCACCACUGAGGAGGCUGAGAAGGAGAAGCUCCCGGAACCAGCCGAUCAGAAAGUUCAGCUGUUGAAGAGUCUCUUGUGCAUUGGUGCCAUCCCAGAGUCUCUUUUUAUGCUCGGUCGCUUCCCGUGGCUUAUGGAUGCGUUCCCUGAUCUACCGGCUCACAUCCAUCGCAUAUUACAUCACUCUUUAAGCAAGGUUUACGAGCCAUUGCGGCCGUUGAGUGAUCGCGAAGGCUUGCGACACUCGAAGAAGAUACCAGAUCCUGAUCAAUCUGGAGUGCCAAAAGGUCAGGUGCGAUUAAUAAACGCCCCUGUUCGCAAGGUCUUGCGGUGGGCUCAGAUUGACCGAGACGACACGAAUGAAGCAACAGAUUAUCGUUUCUACUGGGAUGAAUGGUUAGACCAUGUUCCGGCCUGCCAAAAUGUCGAUGAUGUCUUCUCACUCUGCUCAACGUUUUUGAAUUACUCUGGAGUCAAGAUUGGCCAGGAUCCAGCGCUCUUGAUGAAGCUUGCUCGCAUAGGGAAGCACAGCCUCAAUACGGAUCCUUCGCCUGAAAACCAUGCUCGGUGGAUCGACCUGUCAAAGCGUCUCUUGGUACCUGCACUCAGCUUGACCAAGAACAAUCCCGGUGUCGUCAACGAAGUAUUUGAGCUGCUGAGGAACUUUCCCACGAGCACCCGCUACUCGAUCUACGCUGAAUGGUAUACUGGUCAAAUUUCUCGCUUGCCGGAUAUCAAAGUGGCGUUCGAUCAGGCCAGAGCAGAGACAAAAGAUGUUCUGAAGCGUAUCAGCAAGACCAACGUAAAACCCAUGGCCAGAGCUCUUGCCAAGGUUGCCUAUGCCUCGCCUGGUGUGGUCUUCUCCGUCGCUAUCAGCCAGAUUGAAUCGUAUGAUAACCUUGUCGAGGUGGUCGUUGAGUGUGCUCGUUACUUUACUUUCCUCGGAUAUGACGUCCUGACCUGGUCAUUGAUGAAUUCCCUUGGAGGCAAGAAUCGCAACCGCGUCCAGGCCGAUGGUAUGCUAGCCAGUAAAUGGCUGUCAGCCUUGUCUCUGUUUUCUGGGCGCGUCUUCAAGCGCUAUUCUGUCAUGAAUCCCACUCCGAUCCUACAAUAUGUGACAGAUCAAGUUCAAAAGGGAAACAGCACGGAACUUAUUGUCCUCAAGGAGAUGACGCUUGCAAUGGCUGGCAUUGUCGCAGACACGAACUUCAAUGAAGCUCAAACACAAGCAAUGGCCGGAGGUAGUCUUCUUCAAUCGCUUACUCUCCUCCAAUUAUUAGAUAAACGGCAUGAGACGAAAACCACAGCUAAGAGGCUAUUGAGAGCCCUGACCGAGCCAAAACUCGCUGGGCAGCUGCUCAUCUCCAUUGCUCAAGAGCGACAAACGUGCAUUUUCAAGGUGCCGGAGCCGGACGCUCAUUUGAAGCUCUUGGGUAACCUCCUCGACGAGAUCCACAGAGUACUCGCACAGUACCUUGACUUUCUUCGCAGCAAUUUGUCAGUCAAGGAAUUUGAUGGACUUGUUCCAGAUGUCAUCAGCCUCAUCCGCGAUUUUGGUCUUGACCCAGCCAUAGCGUUUUGGUUUAGCAGGCCAAGCAUCGUACAGGCCUUGGCCGAUGACAGUCAAAGCGCAACUCCAAUUGUACAGGCCUCAUCGAAGCCGAGCGAGUCACCUGCAGUUGAAGCUGAUGAAAAUGUGAACGAGGAUGGCGAUGUCAGCAUGAGUGACGUGAAGCCCGAAGAGGGUGAGCAGACUGAAGAUGCGGAUGCAGAUCGCGAACAGGGUGAAGAAGUAAGGACACCUGAUGUGAAGGAAGCCGAAGAGGUCACGACGAACGGAGACCUUGACAUGCAAGAUAAUCUCCCCUCGACAGAUGUGCCAACACCGGUGCCAGGUGCUGAGGCUAACAGUACCGGUGAGCCUUGGCACCCUGUUCUAAAAGAUCUGGCAGAGAGAAUAAAGGCAGCAAUGCCAGAGGAGAACUGGGAAAUCCUCAACGCAAACUUUUAUAUCACCUUCUGGCAAUUGACCCCCCAGGACAUGCUGGUUCCGACGCAAAGCUAUGAUGCUGAAAUUACUCGUCAGCAACGCAAGCUGACAUCGAUUAUCAACGACCGCUCAGAUAUGACUGUAGCAGGCCUUCAGCGAAAGGACAAGGAGAAGAAGCAUCUCGAUGAUCUAAAGGAUCGGCUUCGUGGUGAAAUGAAGACGCAAGUUCAGUCUUUCUCUCAAACAAGAAGUCGACUACAAAGAGAGAAGGACCACUGGUUUCCCAAUUUCUGGGGCAAAUGGGAUGCUCUCAAUGAAGCCCUCAUUCAAAACUGUUUCCUUCCUCGCCUACUUCUUUCGCCCUCUGACGCUCUAUAUACGUUCAAGAUGCUCAAAUUCCUUCACUUCUCAGGCGCCGCUAAUUUCCGCACAAUGGGCGUUAUCGAUAAUAUCUUCAGGGAGAAGCAGCUGACUGCACUAAUGUUCAUGUGCACUUCUCGAGAAGCGGAGAACCUUGGCCGAUUUUUCAAUGAGCUCUUUCGUGAUCUCAGUCGCUGGCACGCCGACAACGCCAUCUACGAAAAGGAAGCCUAUGGUGUCAAGCGUGACCUCCCUGGGUACGCUAAGAGGUUAAGCAAUGAAACCAAGGGCCCAGAAACAUUUUUGGACUUUGAAGAAUUCCGCAGACUGCUUUACAAGUGGCACAGAAGCUUCAACAAUGCUCUCAAAGCAUGUUUCACCGGUGGCGAAUACAUGCACAUCCGUAACGCGAUCAUUGUUCUCAAGGCUGUUCAUCUCUACUUCCCUGCAGUUAAUUGGAUUGGCCGAGACCAGCUUACGUGCGUUACGGAGCUCAGCCAGAAUGAGAAGAGAGAGGACCUCAAGAUUGCCGCUACAUCUCUUCUUGGCAACCUGAAGCGGCGGGAAAAGCAAUGGAUGCUUCCUCAGGCAUUCAAUCUUGUAAACGCAGGCCUAGUCCGCCAACAAGCUGGCUCAGGAAACCCUAGCAGCCGUGCUGGCUCGGCGGCUCCAGGUACACCUCAACCAGAGUCCAAGCCCGGGACACCACUCGACGCAACCGCUGUAGAGUUUAGACCAAAGGAGCAAGCAAGUUCAAAUGGUAUUCUCGCUCCCCAAGCGAGUACUGAUCGAGCUGAAGUUGAGGAUGGCGAAAUCGAAGACGCCAAAAUGAAAGAUGCGUCCACCGCAAAAGCAGAGUCUAAAUCAGGAGAAGGCGACAACGCGCAAGAUAGGGAGGCGCAAAAGCCGGGAUCCUCGACCACCCCUGUUUCGCACAUGACGGAAAAUGUAACGGAAAAGACUGAAGACGUUGAACCCGAGGCGUCACAACCCCCAGCUGAAUCUGAGGCACCGACCUCUAAAUCGCGACAAGCCCAUGAGCAACCGGGGCCAAGUCCAGCACCCUCAGGACCUAGCCUCGAUCCACGCCCAAAUCUUCGACGAAAUGCAUCUAAUUCUGCAAUUGGACGCCCUCAGCAUGCUUUGCCAGUACGACCGGAAGGCCCGCCGCCCAGAUCUCAUGACCGCCGAACGGGAGAGCAGUUUGGCGAACGGCGUGAAGGAAGAGAUCAUCGAUUUGCUGAAACAGGAAGAGCAGAUCGCCAGGGUGAUUACCUGCAUGAUCGUCGACAAGGCCCGCCGGCCGUGGGCCGUGAGCGGUAUAUGGGUAGUGAUCGGGAUCGCCGAGAUCUGCCUAGGGCAGAAGAACGUGAAGGCUUUGUUCGCGCGCAGGCAGAGGAACGUCCUGGCAGACCUCACAGGGAUUCUCGUCCGAGGUCAAGAGAGGGAGACUGGCAUGAGCGUAUGCCGAGCGAUAGGUCUUUUGGCCAAGGACUGCCACCCACUUCGCGAGCGUCCGAUUUCCCUGCACGACCGGCUCGAGAAUUGACAAACAUGGGACCUCCACCGCCAGGUCCGCCUCAACAUCAUGAACAAGGGGGUUACCUGGCUGCGCAGCCUCAUCCUGAUCGGGCUGCUCUUGUCAAUGGACCUCAAUAUCCCGAGCGGGGCGCUGCUGGUGGCGCCGAUGGAGGCCGAAGGGAAUCUGGGAGAUAUGAGAGAGACAGUCGUAGAGAGCGUAAUUCGCAUCCUCAAUCUCCAUUGCGCCCGGAGGAUAAUCGGUUGCUUGGGCAACAAAUGCGGGAGGAUGGACGUGAAUACAGCAGCAACUAUGGACCACGCUAUGACGAGAAUAGACCUCCCACAGGACCAAAGGGGGAUCGGCCGCCUAGGGGCGGCAUGGGUGACCGGGAAGUGCCUCCACAAUCAGGGCCUCUCCCUGGUGCCAUGGAUCAAACUCAUGGUCGCUUGAAUCAAGAUUACAGGCCCCCAGCCCGGCAGCAGGACCCCAACUAUGGACGUCUUAACGCCGGACCAGAAAUCCCGUCAGGCCCGCGCGGAAGGGGUCAAGGCAGAGGCGGAAGAAAUACGAGUAAUGUGCGUCAACAAGAACCACCUUUUCCUACGGGACCUCAGAUGCCCUCGCCAACCAUUUCUGAGCGUCAGCCGCCAAGAGGACCGUCACGCGGUGGGCCACGGACUUCGUCUGCGCAAUUCGAGUACCCACCAUCAUCCGGCCGAGCGUCGCCGCCAUCUACAUCCCACGAAAACGCUCCAGACAUGAGUGGAGUACACCCAGACCGGCUGCAGGCACUUCGCAAAUCUCCGGAUACUCCACCCUACGUCAAAUCAGCCGCAUUACCGCCACAGCCGGCAAUGGCGGCUCCUCCCGUCCACCCAGGCCCUUCGCCUUCUGGCCCAGCACCUUCGGGUCCUCGGAACCAGUACGCUGCACCAGUUAGCCCUGGCGGGCCUGGUUCUGGUGGCAGAAACCCUCCAACUGGACCGUCAUCGGGAGGCGACCGAAACCGGGGCGACAAGCGGUUCGCCGGUAUUCAGAAUGUCCUUCAGCAGAGUGGCCCUGAGCGCAGUGACCGUGGGCCCCCUGUUCGUGGACGAGGCGGCAGGUCUGCCAAUGCAGGCGGAAUGUCGUCUUUUGGCGGCAGCUCUGAGCCAUCGACACCUGGCGCAGGCGGUCGCUCCGAAGGCCGACCUGAUCUCUUUUCUGACCGCGUGACUAUGCCGAGUGUUGCCACACCUCCAGUCGAUGAACGUCCGUCAAGCCGGGCACAUCGCACGCGAGGCGGAGAAGGAGACCGCCGUUCGGCUCGGACCGAGUCCAGCCGACCUAGUAGUCAAGACCGGGCCGCAGGAAGUCGACGUGAUGAGGAGCGCGCUCUUAGACGAGAAGAUGGGCGUGAAUCCCGCGGCAGCGGACGAGAUGACCGAGAGCGCAGCCGUCGAUCACGCGGAGACGACGGGCCUUCGCGAGAGCGCCGGGAUGGCCGCGGUCGUGACGACGCCGAGCGCAGAGGCGGAGCCAGCACAAGUGGAGGAACUGUAGGCAACACUGUCGGCGGAUCAGAGGAGGGACAACGGUCUUGGGGAAGUGAAACCGGUCGUACGCGAGGCAGUGACAGGCGAGAUGAUCGUGAUCGCGAGCGGCGAGACGGACGCAAACGCGGUCGCGGUGGUGACGAUUCUGGAACUGGAGAAAGGAGCUUUGGAGAUGGGAAGCGGCCUCGCCGAGCGCAAUAA